AUACACACACAAACACACACACACACACACACACACACACACACACAAACACCAUCUGCCUACCUACCUACCUACCUACCUGAGGUUUGGAUUAAUUACAAUAGUCGCCCUUGGUUGAUGUUCUUGUUACCCUCUGUGGACCAUCCCUCAUCCAACAGACCAAGUGAGCUUGUUCAAAGAGAGAGCUAAAAGUCUGAAACAGUGUGGGCUUUGCCUGACUCUUAGAGUCCAACAAAAGCCAACAAAGGCCUCCUGGAUCUUAUAUGCUGAGGCUCUUGCCUUCCUCUCCAGCCUUACAGAGUGCUCUAUUCAGCUCCAGAACCUGCCAGGUUUGCUCUGUUCUAAGAUACUUUCCGUAGCCGCUGGCUCUGCCUAGAGUGCUCUUCCUACCACCACCGUUCCUGUCCUUCACUUUCGGGUCUCAGCUCAAAUGUCACACCGUCCCUUCUUAUGCCUUCACCAGUUAAUCUCAACCCUGGUAAGCUGUAUUUCCUCCAAACUACUGCCAUAUCCGGGGUUCCCUUUCCUAGGAGAACGUAAGUGGCAAGAAGGUGGGGGUCCUUGUCUAUCUUGUUCUUGUGUUUCCAACGUCAUGGAUGAUGAAGAAAGAACACUAAGUGAGCAGUGAACAAAGGUGUGGAAGGAUGUUCCCCAAGUGGUUGAGGAAGGAGGAGGAUCUGAGGUGAUUUUCAUUGAUUGCCCUGUUGUUCAUUUGUAGUCACUCAUAUCUCUGAAAGGAUCAUCUAUCUAUUCCAGUGCUUAGCUAGGCUCAAGGAACUGGUUUUUGAGGACUAUGGCCAGUUGCAGAGAAUGUGUAAUUCUCAUGCGAUGCUGUGGUUGGGUCCCGAGUUAACAUCGGUCCUAUGCCUUAAAUUUCCAUUCAAAGGGAGAAGGUUUCCCCGGGUUCUGUGGUGAUUUGUUGAGCCAUGUCACUGUGUAGGAUAAAUGCUAUGCAGCGAAGCACAGCUGUGCAUAGCUUUAUCUCUCAGGUUCCCAACCCCCAUCCUGCUUGUCAGCUCUGCUCUGGCAAUCACAGAGUUACUUUGCUCCGGGGAAAAUCCAUUAUAAACAGCAGCACAUGGGGCACUGGAGUGAGAUUUGCUUCAGUACACACGGCUUUCUUUCUAAAGACAAUAUGCAGCUGUUAGUUCUGCAUGGACCAGCAAGACUGACUAGACUGUGUGUCUGUUUUCUAGACUCUAAUAAUCCGCACCAUGGUUUGCUCCUUCCCAGUAACUUAGCCAGUAAUGGAAUCCCAUGUGCUGACCGCUUUCUGUUCUACAAGUAAUAGGCAUGGUAAUUUGCAGUCUUAAAACACAAACUUGUACUGGUCUUGAAUUUAAGAUCCCGGUUUCAGAAUGCUGGGAUUACACAUCUGCUGCUCUUCCCAGCCCAGAAGUUACUAGGUGGUUAUUAUUUUUGUUGUCGCUGUUGCUGCCCAUUUGCUCUUCAUUAUUAAAGUCGAGCUGGUAAACCGGAUGGCAUUUAUCUGAGUGACUUUGAAAACUUGUUCAGUUUGCUGAGUAAACAAAAAACUAGAAUUCCAACAGCUAUGGCCCUGAAUGGGCACUCAGUCGUGGUGCCCAGGACCCACGUUUCACCUUAGCAUCGCAUCCUGGAAAUGUGUGCACACAGGACCGUAAGAGGGAAGGACAGACAAACAACAGACAGGUAAAGAAUCAACAACUCAUUUAAAGACAGAGCAAAGCUGGCCUUUCAGAAAUGGCGGUCCUGUUUCUCGAGUGGAUGUGGCAUCAGGUGGUUAGGGCCAGAACCCCAAGGCCUAUGUGUCUGAUGACAGUUAAAACCCUUGGUUCUUCUGUUCACUUAUCAGGCACUUUCAGAAAACACUCACCUUCUCUCGACAUUCUUCAAAGCAGUAUGUGUGAACUUCGAGUCCGUUACGUUCAGGAACCCCUAUGCCUUGGAAGAGCAGUGCAGACUGGUACCCUCUCCGCGUGAAAAACGGGGAGCAUUUAAGGGAAAAAGUCUUCAUUCCAAUGGCAUUGGUGAUAGCAGGUCCACAGCAUCCCGCUGUGGGGAAGACAUGAGACACUGAGGUCCCCUUCUCUCGGGGAUUUUAUUUGGCUUGUUAGAAUUAUCAACUUCCCCCUGACUUCCCCCACCUUCUUUGGCUUUCUAAAAACACCCCAGGAUUUUUUUUCCACUAGAUGAGAAAAGACACCCUGAAGAAAAGUUGACUUCUCCCUAGUAGUUGGAAUACAGACCCCAGAAAAUGCAAAGCCACAGUGUGUAAAUGUUGCUUGGCGCGAAACACACGAGGAGCAGGACUCAGCCUGGUGACUGGGAGCCCUAGAAGAUGCCGCCUGCCCGGCUAAAAGACCCAGCAGUAGGGCCAGCUAUUGUAAAGUCCUUCUGCCAGAUGAACAGGGACCCUUCUCUGGUCACAAUAGCCAUUCACACUGAGCAGUCUCAUUAAAUAUUCAGUCUGUGCUUCCGGCAGCUCAUUAAGGGCCUCAGCAAGCAGUGACGUGGAUGUUGGAAAGCUGAGGGCCGGCCAGCAUCUCAGGCAGAGGCUGUGUGAGCUGCUCAUAGCCUUUCUGUGCACUGCCUGUCCUAUGAUGACCACUGUGUGCUCCCUGCUUUGCUUGAAGUACAGAAAAUGUUUUCAGACUGCUCAUUUCUAUGUGGAAGACAGCAGUUCACCUCGGGUGGUCCCCAAUGAAAGUAUUCCUAUUAUUCCCAUCCCGGAUGACAUGGAAGCCAUCCCCGUCAAACAGUUUGGCAAACACAUCGGUGAGCUCUACUCCAAUAGCCAGCAUGGGUUCUCGGGAGAUUUUGAGGAAGUCCAGCGCUGUACGGCUGAUAUGAACAUCACUGCAGAACAUUCCAAUCAUCCAGAUAACAAGCACAAAAACAGAUACAUCAACAUUUUAGCAUAUGAUCACAGUAGGGUGAAGUUGAGACCUUUACCGGGAAAAGACUCAAAGCACAGCGACUACAUUAAUGCCAACUACGUCGAUGGUUACAACAAAGCGAAAGCCUACAUCGCCACCCAGGGACCUUUAAAGUCCACCUUUGAAGAUUUCUGGAGGAUGAUUUGGGAACAAAACACAGGGAUCAUCAUCAUGAUCACGAACCUUGUGGAGAAAGGACGGAGAAAGUGUGACCAGUAUUGGCCAACGGAGAACACUGAGGAGUACGGAAACAUUAUUGUCACACUGAAGAGCACAGAAGUACACGCCUGCUACACCGUUCGUCGCUUUUCAGUCAGAAAUACAAAAGUGAAAAAGGGCCAGAAGGGAAACCCCAAGGGUCGUCAGAAUGAGAGGACAGUGAUCCAGUAUCACUACACACAGUGGCCUGACAUGGGAGUUCCUGAGUAUGCCCUGCCAGUCCUGACCUUUGUGAGAAGGUCAUCGGCAGCCCGGAUGCCAGACAUGGGCCCCGUGUUGGUGCACUGCAGCGCUGGUGUGGGCAGGACAGGCACCUACAUUGUCAUAGACAGCAUGUUGCAACAGAUCAAAGACAAAAGCACAGUUAACGUUCUGGGGUUCCUGAAGCAUAUCAGGACACAGCGGAACUACCUCGUCCAGACUGAGGAGCAGUACAUUUUCAUCCACGAUGCCUUGUUGGAAGCCAUUCUCGGGAAGGAAACUGAAGUAUCCUCAAGUCAGCUGCAUAGCUAUGUCAACAGCAUCCUCAUACCAGGAGUGGGAGGAAAGACACGGCUGGAAAAGCAGUUCAAGCUGAUCACACAGUGUAACGCCAAGUAUGUGGAAUGCUUCAGCGCCCAGAAGGAGUGCAACAAAGAGAAGAACAGGAACUCUUCUGUCGUGCCAGCUGAGCGCGCUCGAGUGGGACUCGCACCGUUGCCCGGGAUGAAAGGAACAGAUUACAUUAAUGCUUCUUACAUCAUGGGCUAUUACAGAAGCAAUGAGUUCAUUAUUACCCAGCAUCCUCUGCCACACACUACGAAAGACUUCUGGAGAAUGAUUUGGGAUCAUAAUGCGCAGAUCAUUGUCAUGCUGCCAGACAACCAGAGCCUGGCAGAAGAUGAGUUUGUGUACUGGCCGAGUCGUGAAGAAUCCAUGAACUGUGAGGCCUUUACUGUCACCCUCAUCAGCAAAGACAGGCUGUGCCUCUCUAAUGAAGAACAAAUUAUCAUCCAUGACUUCAUCCUUGAAGCUACACAGGAUGACUAUGUACUAGAAGUUCGACACUUUCAGUGUCCCAAAUGGCCUAACCCAGAUGCCCCCAUAAGCAGUACCUUUGAACUGAUCAACGUCAUCAAGGAAGAGGCCUUAGCACGGGAUGGCCCCACCAUUGUUCAUGAUGAGUAUGGAGCAGUUUCUGCAGGAAUGCUGUGUGCCCUUACCACCUUGUCCCAGCAGCUAGAGAAUGAAAACGCUGUGGAUGUGUUCCAGGUGGCAAAAAUGAUCAACCUUAUGAGACCUGGAGUAUUCACAGACAUUGAACAAUACCAGUUUGUCUACAAAGCAAUGCUCAGCUUGGUCAGCACUAAAGAAAAUGGAAACGGUCCCAUGACAGGGGACAAAAAUGGUGCUGUGCUAACUGCAGAGGAAUCGGACCCUGCAGAGAGCAUGGAGUCUCUGGUGUGACUGGACCCCGGAAAGGGCACUUCAUUUGUAAACUUCUGAGACUUGUAAAGACAGAACUUUUUUGAGGCCUUUUUUGCCAGACUCUAGGUUAUACAAUAACCCAGUUACUUUUUUACACUGAUAAAACUUUUGAUAUUUAUUUUUUGCCAUUUUCUGUCUUAAUGGUAUCCUACUGAGCAUUUGCGCCUGUUCAUUUCACACAGUGAAACGCAACUUUACCUAGUUUGCACUAUAUGAUCAGUGUUACUGCCUAUAACCUAAUACUACAGAAACCCUGAUGUGACAUUCCAUGACCACAUCCAUGCUUUUUUUUUUUCAGUUCCGUGCAGUGAAGGUCUUUGUUCUGACAGUGAAUCUCAGUUUUAUUAUUAUUCUCAAGCAACUGCAAUUUCCUAGCAGGCAACACUGUACUUUUCUCGGUCCCCUCUGUUUUCUAGGCACUGUUCGAUAAUUAUGCCUUCUGUUUCAAUGGAGUGGAUGGGCAUUGUUUCCUUUUGCAGGACAGCAGGUUACUGGGAGCCCUUAAGGUCUGUCAACAUCAGUUCCAUUUGUAAUGGCUAAAGAAUCCACUGAGAAGUUAAGAGGGCUUGAGUUACUUCAUGUGAACAUCUCUUAUUAGUUACCAAGUUAUAUUCACAGUUGAAAUGUGUCAAAAUAAAGAAUCAUUCUGUAUUACAGAUUUCACAGUAGCUAUGUGGACAGUGUGUGUUAUUUCCAUUUCUGACUCUCUGAAGUAGCUACGCCCUCAAACUCAGGGCUGUCUUUUACAAUGGGAAGAUGGCCCUCUUUUACACAAUUUACUGGUGGCAUUCUUUAGUUAAUCUCACUAUAGCUUUUUGGUAAAUAGUACCAGAGUAGCUACAAAAGCAAAAUAGGUAUUGAAAUUUAAACGUAGUCUUUGAAAAGCCCCUACUAACUACUCCUAUAGCAAUCUAAUAAACACUACCUAUACACAGCAUUCUUUUUUUUUUUUGCCAAAUGUUUCAUAAUAAAUCUCUUAAUUACAUCCAUACUCUACUUAAGAUGGAAUUGGAAAUAUAUGUGGGACUCAAUCCCUGUAGAUGAAUCAAUCUUACUUUGAGAAAGAAAUAGGAAUCUUCAAGAGAAAAAUCUAGUUCUUGAAUGAAAGAUGGCGUCUCCGUUUUCGACUGGGUUUUAAGAGUUGUGGAUGUUUACAAGCAAAUGUACGACCCUAAAAGAUGGCAGUGGUCGUUAGGAAGCCCAGAGUCCGGCCUCUGCGUCUGCUUUCAGCACGUGGUCCAUGUGUGCAAACUGUAAGCACGAUUAAGCAAUUUCAUUUGAGUUUGUUUAAAACAAAAGAAAAACCACUAAACUUUUAACCAGGAUCUGCACCUCCCUGUUCCUGUUUCCUUUUAAAAGUCAACUUCUGGCAGACUUGAGAUCAUCCCCCAAGACUGGUUUCCUCUUUAUUGCCAGAAAGCUUUAGAAGGAAGAAGGCAGCCUCUCAGCGUGAAUGAGGCUUUAUUGUGCUUGAGUCGUUUAUCUGGAAUGAGUCACAGAAGUGCCGGAGAACCAGAGCUGCUAAAGAGAGGGUCACAGGCCAAGUCCAAGGGUUUCAACGCAUGGGCCAGGCCAGUAGAGGCUCAUGAAGAGAGUGUGUGCACACACAGAGAAUUGGGAGGCUGGCUUUCAAAAAUGCAGCCGAGUCCUCUAAAGUGUCUGUGCUAGGUGGAUUGACCAACCUCUUCGGCCCCACCACAGGGCUCACCUCCGCACAAUACAAAGGAUUAACCAUAAGAAACAACUCUUAGAGGCUGAGGGAAAUAAGGAAGGAAAAAGUUAAGAGCUACGGCUUCCUAGUCAAUCCAGUGGAUUCUCUUUGCUGUGCACAGAUCUGAUAUUAGCUAAUGCUUUUCAGUUAGAUGCUCGGUGACUCCGCCAUUGAGAAUUGACAUUCGAGUCCACAGUCUCUCGAUUGUCUCUUAGUAAAAGUAACAUGGAUUAGAAGACAAGUGGCAAGUAUUACUUUCUGUGCUGUUUACGCAGGAUUCGAUGAAUGGAAUUGCAUACUCUCUACAGUUCCGGGACUCUCUCUUACACUAACUAGUGAGGGAAGAAGGAGGGGAGAAGGGGUGAAAGAAGUAGAGUAGAAAUAUAACCAAGGUGGGUGAGAGGCUUCCUGUGGGCAGCCUACACGUCUACAGCAGCCUUGAGCCAAAGCCUACAGAUGCCAGCCUACUGGACUCUGCGCAGUUGCUCUGUGCCCAUUUUGCCAAAGCUGUCCACACGUUCUUUCCUGAGGAUGAUAGUUCCCUUCAGCUGUCCUCAGUCCUCAUGUUCACCACAAUAUUUAUCUUCACUAUUCUUUUCUGUUGGCAAAAAUAUUUUUUGCAUCUUUCCAGAGAGGCAAAGAGUUCCAAAGAUGUUGUUUUCUUUGAGACGUAAGCACGUGGCUUAAGUGUGUAAGAAGGUUAAUACUAUCUACAGUCAAGGGGAAGGGUAUAACUAGUACUAAAGCCAAUGUGAGAGUUCAUGGGAUAUGCUGUUUGUAUGAAUUUACCUCCAGGGAGAUGAAACAUACAAACCAAGCUGAAUUGUAACUAGAGCAGGUGGACAUCACAUGUUUUAGAGACACCCACAAGGUUUCUUGUACCUCAAACCAUCAAACCAUAUAUCAUCUUUGAGAUAUAUAUAUAUACAUAUAUAUAUGUAUAUAUAUAUAUGUAUCCUUCUGAGUUUCAAGAAUAAGUACAAUUUAGUUUGAUGGUUUCCUUAAACUUUACGUGAGCUUUGAGAGCCCGUGGUGAAUAGAAAAAUCCAGCAAAGUUAAAAAGAAAAAAAGAGUGUUCAAGGUGAAAAAAGGGUUCUGGUGUUGCAGGUCUGGUUGGUAGUUUUUACCCCAGAAUGACAGUGAAGCCAGUAAGACACCGUGAUUGUUUUAUAAGGACACAGCACAACUGCCUUCUCAUGACCUUUUCUUAAAUGCAUAUAUACUGUAUUUAAAAUUAAAGUAUAGAUACCACUUUACCAAAGAUACACAUUACUAAUUCUAAGCAAAAAAAAAAGAUAUUUAAAAAAACCCCAAACUCAUCAUAAUUUAAGAAAAAGUCAUCAAAAUAUAGUUCUGUUACAGCUUUUGCAAUUCCGCUGGAGAAUGCAUUCUCAACCCCGAUGUUCUAAAGUUUCUGUUCAAACGGUGCCAGUAAAUGUUUAUAUGAAGGGAAUGCCUGCUCUUUUCCUCCAUAGCAGCUGUAAUUCAUGCAGCCUUUUGUACUUUCCCUUAGUUCCCACCUAACACAGCAUUGGCUUUAUUUAUCUCUAGAAAGAAGGCAUGGUCAAAAAAAAUUAAUAAAGGAAAUUAUAAUGACAUUUGGCCUCUACUUUUGUCUUAGCCAUUAAAAUGUUUUUAGUAUUUUUGUUAAAUAUUUGCAAAGGGAAGCCUUUUCUACAGAGAAUAAUUAAUUUCAAGAAAAACUAUCUUGAGUUUUAAGGAAUAAACCUCUCCAGAAAAGGAGACAGUCAAUUUUAUAAAAUGUCGUAACUCUCCAACAUUUGGGGUAGUGACUCCUUUUUUGUUAGGACAUUUGAGACUAGCAAGCAGCCGUUGUUUCUAAAGAACCCCACCUCCGUGUCAACGCCUGUCUCUUUCGCUUCAUUCUCAAACAGCUAAAAACACGCUAAACCUGUAAAUAUUUUGUUGCUUGAGUAAGCAUCUUCUGGGAGCUUUGUAUCUAUGGUAUAUAAUCAUAGAAUUUUAUAUUUUCAUAUAAAGCUAAUUUUUUUCUAGUUUCAAUGAUGUCACGGUUCUUUUUGUUGUUUUUCCCCCCCGUGGUGGAUAUGUGAACUUCUGUGUAUUGAAGUAGAACCAUCUUUGCAUUCCAAAAGACUCCGUGUGUUCUUCCUUUGAGGUAGUGAUUGUGAAUGUCGGGCAUUCUUUUUAAUUCCAUUGACCAUUAGCGCAAUAGCAAUUAGACAUGACUAGUCGCUGAAUACAUUUAUCACAUUGACCCAUUUUGGAAAAAGUGAUUUUUUUUUUUUAAAGAUUUGUUCCGUGGGAGGGGAGGGGUUUUAUAACCUGAAAUUUUUUCCCUUUUUCCUUCUGUUUAAAACUAUAUCAAAUCAUUCUAUUAUAGUGUUAUUUAAUAUGUAAAUUGUAUUGCUAUACAUAAAAUAAAGUAUGGUUUUUGAUGUA